AUGCAUUACAAUGGAUUCUUCAUUUUUUUAUUUAUUCUAAUCGGUCGAUCAUAUGCAUUUCUGCGUUUGGAAAAUUUAACAGUAAUACACAAUGACCAUGUACAAUUUCGCUGCACAUUUCCACGAAAUUUUUCACCCAAUAAUAGUAUAAUACAAUGGAAAAAGAUACGUGUAAAUGACGAUGCUUUAAUGAUAUCAAUUAAUGGCAAAAUUCCAAAUAUAUACGAAAAAAUGUAUCGAACCGAUUUAACAAAUCAAUUUAGUACAUUAGAAUUGUUUCAUGUUAAACGAGAAGAUUCAACUACAUACAUAUGUCAAACAUUUGAAACUCAAACAAUUCUUUGUCAAUAUAAUCUUGUUGUACUUAUCAAGCCUGAGGCCCCAUCAUUAACAAUUGACGAGGAAAAUAUUCAAGAAUAUCAAACUGUCAAAUUGACAUGUUCAUCGUUAAAUGGUAACCCACCACCUCGAUACACAUGGUAUCGUAAUGGCACACUUGUCACUUCAUUGAAUCAACAAGUGUCAACGACGGAUAUUACUUCUAUAUAUACGUUUAAUGUCACUCGGUUUGACAAUCAAGUCAAAUAUGAAUGUCAAAUUUCGAAUCAAGCACUUGCCGUCCCACUUCGUGUGGAACAAUAUUUACAUGUUAAAUAUCGUCCAUAUACAGAAAUUGUUGCUCAACCAUCCAUGUUGUUAAAUGAAAAAAUCAUUGGUAUUGAAUCUCAUGAACAAAAAUUAGCAUGUCUAAUUGAUGCAAAUCCAGCUGUUACAUCAGUUUAUUGGACAAUUAAUAAUACAAAUAUAGUUAGCCGCGAAAUCAAUGUUUAUUUAUCGCGAUUAACAUCUGAACAAAGUGGAAUUUAUACAUGUGUAGUUGAAAAUGCUAUUGGCAAAACAAAUCAAUCAGUUUAUCUUGACGUACAAUAUGGUCCACGUGUAUCCACAAUGGAAUCUCGUGUCGUUGUAAAUCGUUCGAAUACGGCUAAUCUUCGUUGUUAUGUAGAUUCAAAUCCUGCGCCAUAUCAAAUCGUUUGGUUUAAAAAUGGCUAUGAAAUAUUUCGCCAAAAUCAAUUAUCAGAUUUACGCAUUGAUGAUGUUGAAAGAAAUGAUACUGGCUUAUAUACAUGUGCCAUAUAUAAUCGUUUACAAAACAAUUCAACACGUAAUAGUUCAACAACGAUUGAACUUAUUGUACAAAGUCGCCCCAUAUUAGAAACAACAUAUUCGAAAAUAGCUGCCGAAAUCGGACAAACUAUAACAUUAACUUGUCGUGUAUCGGGACAACCGAAACCGAGUAUUUAUUGGAAACGAAAUGAACAAAUUAUGAAUUGUGAUGAAAUAGUUGAUGAUAAAUGUUAUUUGAGAUUAUUUCAUAUAGGAAAAAAAGAUUUUGGGCCAUAUCGAUGUAUAGCUGAAAAUUUAUUAGGAAAAGAAGAAUGGACUUAUACGAUUGUAUCGAGAGGUAAGCCAGAAGCUCCACACAAUAUUCGCGUAUCUGACGUAACAUCAUCUUCGUUUAAAAUUGAAUUUUUACCAUCUUUCGAUGGUGGUGGUGGACCACAACGUUUUUCAAUCGAAAUUCUUUUACAUGAUAAAAACACAACAUUAAAUUCAACAGUUAUCAAUCAACAACUUCCAUUUAAUACAUAUGAAUAUAAUGUUAAAGAUUUAAAUGAAUCGACAUUAUAUACGUUUCGUAUUAAAGCAAUUAAUAUUUAUGGUGAAAGUCCUUGGAGUAUUGAAACACCUGUACAAACAAUUGAAUCAACGAUAACAUCGGAUGAUUUACCAGAAUUACACGUUAUGGCUUAUAAUACGAAAGAAAAUUUUCUUCAUUUCGAUUAUUUACCUGGUGAAGAACGUCUAGCAAAAGUAAACAAUCAACAAUUAUGUUUAAAUAUUCGUCAAUCGACCGAUGCAAGUAUUUAUCAAUCGAUCGAUAAUUGUUUACCUAUCGAUAAUAAUCGUGUUAAAUGGAUAUUAAAAAGAGAUUUUCCUUAUUUAAAAUUAUCGAUCUGCUCAAAAAAACAUCGAAAUAUAUGUGGAAAAGAAAUUGAAAUGAAAGAAGAUUCAUUAAUUCGAAGUUCAGUACCUAUGAUUAUUGGAAUCGUUGUAACAACUAGUUUUCUUAUCAUUUCAAUCAUUACUGGAAUACUAUGCUGUUGUUGCAGAAAAAAUCGUUCGUUAUCUAAAACAAAUAAAACAAAUAAAUUUGGUAUCAACGGUCUUGAAAAUGGUGUUAAACCAAUUAUUUCUGAACCUCGUUUACAAAAUCCUUAUUUACUGUACAGCAAUACAAACUCACAUGCGUCUCCAUAUGAAUUUUCUGGGAAUGAAUAUCAACAACGAAAAAUAGCUACUUCCUUUUCUCGUUCAUGUGAUAUUAUUGAUCGAGAUCAGCCAAAAGAUGAAAUAUCUGUUCAUGAUGCUUGUCCUUCAUAUGGUACAGCAACUCGUGCAGCAACAAUACAUGCAUCACCUCAUUGGCUAAUAAGUAAUGGUGGAUCUAGUUCUCACUCAGGAUCAAAUCCCUCGUCUGAAUUAAGUUGUCUAACACAAAAUACAAAUAUUUUGUUUGCUAAUAAUGAAAUGAACUCUAAUCAUACACCACCUCCAGUGUCACAUUAUGGUUUUCCAUCGGUGGCACUAUCGUCUUCAAAACAUCAUCCGUUAAUCAAUGGAAAUUCAACACUACGAUCAUCAUCGUUUGAUCAACAACAAUCUUCAAGUGGAAAUUCAACGCCCAAUCGUAUGAAAAAACUUUUCUAUGAAGUUGUUGUUUAG